UGCUGUCGAGCAGUCCAGGGAGAAGCUGCGAUUAAGCUCCCCGCCCGCCCGCCCGCCAUGGAGACGCCGGAGCAGACGGUGGCGCGCGCGCGGGCCGCGUUCCGCUCGGGCCGCUGCCGCCCGUGGGCCUUCCGGCUGCGGCAGCUGCGGGCCCUGGAGCGGAUGGUGAAGGAGAAGGAGCCGGAGAUCGCCGCCGCCCUGCACGCGGAUCUGCACAAGAGUGAAUGCAAUGCAUACAGCUUCGAGAUUAUGGGCGUGUUGGGGGAGAUCGCCCUGAUGGUGGACAGGCUUCCUACGUGGGCCGCCCCGAAGCCUGUUUCGAAGAAUAUAAUGACGCUGACGGAUGAGGUCUACAUCCACCAUGAACCGCUGGGUGUGGUCCUGGUUAUUGGGGCUUGGAACUACCCCUUUGUCUUGAUUAUGCAGCCUCUAAUAGGGGCCAUCGCAGCAGGAAAUGCUGUAGUGAUCAAACCUUCAGAGAUAAGUGAAAAUACAGCAAAGCUUGUAGCUGAGCUGAUCCCACAGUACAUUGACAAGGACCUGUACCCAGUUAUUAAUGGAGGGGUCAAGGAGACAACUGAGCUGCUAAAGGAGAGGUUCGAUCACAUCUUCUAUACCGGGAGUUCCCAAGUGGGCAAAAUUGUCAUGGAAGCUGCUGCCAAGCACCUCACCCCUGUCACUCUUGAACUGGGUGGAAAAAGUCCGUGUUAUAUUGAUAAGGACUGCAAUAUUGAAAUUGCCUGCAGACGAGUAACUUGGGGGAAGUAUUUGAACUGUGGGCAGACCUGCAUUGCCCCCGAUUACAUCCUCUGUGACCAAUCCAUCCAGAACAAAAUAGUGGAGAAUAUCAAGAAGACUCUCAAGGAAUUCCAUGGGGAAGAUAUAAAAAAAUCUCCAGAUUAUGAAAGGAUCAUCAACAAGCACCACUUUAAAAGGCUCGUGACGCUGCUGGAAGGGCAGAAGAUAGCUUACGGAGGAGAGACUGAGGAGGCUUCGUGUUUUAUCGCCCCGACUAUACUCACUGAUGUUAGCCCAGAAUCCAGGAUCAUGAAAGAAGAGAUUUUUGGCCCCCUCCUUCCCAUCGUGACGAUAAAGAGUGCAGAUGAAGCCAUUCAGUUCAUAAAUCAGCGGGAGAAGCCACUCGCCCUUUAUUUAUUUUCCAAUGAUAAAAAGUUGAUCAAAAGGAUGAUAUCGGAGACCUCCAGCGGAGGUGUCACUGCAAAUGAUGUCAUUAUGCACUACACUCUCCCAGAUCUGCCCUUCGGUGGAGUCGGGAACAGUGGAAUGGGCAACUACCACGGCAGACACAGCUUUGAGACCUUCUCCCAUCGCCGCUCCUGCUUAAUUAAGUCUCUGACGAUGGAAAGUAUGAACAAAAUCCGGUACCCACCAAACAGUCAGAGGAAGCUGGACUGGGCAAAGUUCUUCUUCUUGAAGCGAUUUAACAAAGGCCGACUGGGGCUCAUUGCCCUGGCCCUGCUGGGAGCCAUACUGGCUGCGGUGAUAAAGGUGGCCUACUUCUGAAGAAAAGAAGUGACCUGACCUGCUAUAACCAAGCCGCAGUACUUGUAUCCUGACCGCACACUUUAUGUAAUGACCUUUUUCGGCUUAAGAGUUUUACUUUUUUUCUAUGAAAUGUUAAGUGCAGAAAACAAUGAGAAGUAAAGUAAGAAUGCACUAGCUAGUAACUGCUUGGGCUGGCACUUCAUGUGAUUUGAAAAGCCAUGCGUCAAUAAAGGGAUUAAUGCAGCAGUGGGCGUAAAGUAUUGGUCAUGCAACCAGCAGUGAGUUAGAAGAGAACUGCAAAGCAGGAAGCAGCAGCACCCUCCGCUGCUACUCCAUGCUGUAUAAAGACCACGUCAGAGGCGGUCUGCGUAUGUCUUCUCAGGACUAUCACCUUUGCUGGAGAACUAGAACUUGGCUCACAGACUGAAAUGUAAGCCCAUCACAGUUCAGUUCCUCCAAUGAUUCUUCCAGAGUCCUCCAAAAAGAGGGAAAUCAGGGCCUGAUCCACUUAAUGUAAAGAGUAAAAGCCCAAAAUAAACAGAAGUAGCCUUUUUACAUCUUAAUGGGCAGAGACGUUUUCUUUACAGUUCUUCCCUUUUCUGGUACCUUCCUAGGGUUGUAGUAACUAUCUUCCAUACCUCGUAAUUAGUGUGGUAUCUCUUCCCUUCUGGGGUGGUGGAGACAGAAUUGGUCUUGAGUAUUAGUAAAAUCUGACUACAUGUACAUUGAGGCUGCUGCUCACAUUCUAACCCAGGACAUGUGUCCUUAGAAUCUCCCCCAGAAAAAAAAAUUGUCCACUUGUUAGCCCUGUGAUUUAAUCUGACCGCACAUUCAACUGGCUGCAGCUUCCAAAGUGAAGGACCUGCUACAGCUGCUAGAGGGUCGCAGGGUCUCUCUCUCGUAAUGCUGCAGUCACCUGUGCUCCUAUCUGCCAGGCUUGCAUUCUGACAUUCAGGUGCAGUGUUUAGAGCAUUAGGAAUUAAGAGAACUCACUCGUGGCAUAUUUCCAUUUGCUGCUGGAGAGAAACCAGAACAUACUUCCAAGUGAAGUAUACCUAAUCCUAGGAAGGCAUCAGUUAAUUAACAGGGGACGUAUUUCAGCUGAAGGGGACAAUACUGGAUAAACUUAAGCACUAGAAGAGGUUCCAGCUUUUUAAAACAAAUAUUUUUAAACAAUAAAGAAAAUAAACAACUUGUAUGCUAUUAAAUUUAACUAAAGAAUUUAUAUUGAAAAAUGAUUUGCCUUUUGUUCAGUAGAUAUAAAUGUAUGAUGUUUAGUUAAAUAUAUAUAUAUUUUGAACGUACUAAAUAAACACUGCCUGACAAACAA